AACUCACGGUCUCCUAGUUUCUAGCCUGGUGCCUUAACCACUCCACCAAACUGGCUCUCUUAAGUUAGUUAGAAUAAAGUUACUUUGGUAGAAAAUCCACAUCCCCGCCCCAAGCAAACCACAGCAUUGGGGGAAAAAGAAGGGCAAGAGGGAUAUCUAGCCUUCCCUAACCUGUCGCCCCUCAGGUAUGUCAGGAGAAUAGCUCCCAAAAUCCCCAGCCAGUCUGGCCCUCACAGUCCCAGUACCCCUAGAGAGCAAAAGUUUGGGGAGGCAGGUGCUGUCAGCUUUCAUCUGCCAAGGGUUGGUAUACUUAUGCAUGCAAAAGUUCUUUUCUGUCUUAGAAUUCCUGCCCAUUAGCACUUGUUCUCUUCAUUUCAAAGACGUGUACUUGAGAGGAGGAGCCAUGUCGUGGAUAAGAGAAGGAGAAUUGUCCCUUUUUGAGAGAUUCUUUGCUAGCGUAAUAAAGGCAGGGCCAAUGCCCAGGCACGUUGCAUUCAUCAUGGAUGGCAAUCGUCGUUACGCUAAAAAGCAUAAUGUGAAGAAGCUGGAAGGACAUUCACAGGGUUUUGCAAAACUAACACAGACAUUACAAUGGUGCUUGAGUCUGGGUAUCCGGGAAGUCACAGUUUAUGCCUUUAGCAUUGAGAAUUUCAAACGAUCCCAAGAAGAAGUUGAGGGCUUGAUGCAACUGGCUAGGACAAAAUUCAUCCGUCUUCUUGAAGAACAGGAGAACUUGGAGAAACACGGCGUGUGCAUCCGAAUACUUGGAGAUCUGCCCCUCCUGCCACAGGAUAUCCAGGAACUGAUAGCUAAGAUUGUGCUGGCAACUAAGCACUACAACACGUGUUUUUUGAACAUCGCCUUUGCCUACACAUCAAGGCAGGAGAUCAGUAAUGCGGUGAAAGAGUUGGCCUGGGGCGUUGAAGAAGGCCUGCUGCAACCCAGUGAUGUGUCUGAAUCGCUCAUUGACCAAUGCCUUUACUCCUGCAAAUCUCCUCAUCCAGACAUUCUGAUCAGAACAUCUGGAGAAGUUCGACUUAGUGAUUUCAUGCUGUGGCAGACGUCCCAUUCUUGCCUAGCAUUUCAGAGUGUGCUGUGGCCAGAUUAUUCCUUCUGGAAUUUAUGCGAGGCCAUCCUUCAGUUCCAGAUGAACUACAAUGCUUUACAGAAAGCCAGAGAUUUAUACAUGGAAGAAAGGAAGUGGCAACAGCUAGAAACUGAUAAGGCACAAGUCUCAGAGAAGCUAAAAGAUGAAGGUGCAACAUCCUGUGGAGAUACUCAGAAAUGCCGGACGCUUUUGCGAGAAUUCAAAGCUAAACGAGAAGAGAGGAUUCAAGGGUUUUUGCAGGCCCUGGAGCAGAAAAAGAUGGACUUCCUAGAAAAACUGGCUACAGCCACUGCAAGAUAAGAAGAAAGUUCUGAGGUUGGGGGUGGGGGAAGAAGAGGAAAAAAAACCAGCGGAGUUGCAGAUAAUCCAUUUGCUGUCCAGUGGGUGACAUGAAAUGGGAUCCUAGGUUUACUCUGUGUGUACAUGACAUUUGAAGUGAAUGUUUCCUAAAUUUAAUGAAACAAAAGCCAUUUGUGUGGAGUAGUGUUUCUCGACCUCAGUAAGUUUUAAGAUGUGUGGACGUCAAGAUGUAUAGAGUUGAAGUCCACACAUCUUAAAACUUACUGAGGUUGAGAAACACUGGUGUAGCGCUAACAAGUGAAAAGAAUAGCAUCAAAUCUUUCCAGGUGAGAAGGUCUUUGCGUGCUGGAGGGCGUUUGCUCCAUGUUCUCCAAACUGCGGCUUUUCUCUGCCACAAUCCAAAGACUUGGCAGAAUCCUGAAACCCUGCUUGCACUGGAACACAGAGAGGCUGCAGCUGAGAAGAUUAGAGAAAGACCCCGUUGCACGGCCCCAAGCAAACUGAGUCUGGAAUAAACUAAAGGUUUAUUCUUUUCUUUGUCGCCUCCACUUUUUUUUAGGGACUAGCUGUUUCUGGAUCAUUUGUUUUUUCAUUCUUGACACAACCAGGAACUACAGGAGUGUACUUAAGCUUCACAGCAACACGUAUUGUUCCUCUGGCUUUAGUAAGCUAGGAGAACGUACUCCUCAAGGUUGGCUCCAUAUUUCCUUCUGAACUAUGGGCGCACAUGCUAGUUACAACAGAACUUGAAGGUGUCUCUGAUGCACCAUCUUCUGCUGAGCUUGAGAAGGCAUUUUACCUUUGGAUAGCACUACAGAACAUCCUUUUACCCAAAAAUGCAGCAUGGUGUAAAUGGCUGUGAAAAAGAUAAGGGCAUCAGCUAUAAAUAGUUUUCCAAAAGAAGCUGCUGGUUAUUUCAUGUUGCUUUUCAAAGGCUAAAUGAGGGUACGGUUUUAUUACGCUAAAACACUUAAUUUUGAAAUGGUGAGGGAUGAGCCAGAGGUCAAGAAUAUUAAUGUUUAACAACCUGCUUGAUCUAUCUUUUUUUAUAAAACUGAGGCCAUAUACAGGAGGAAAAAUGGUGACCAAUAAAUUAUGGGUAUUUUGUUCUCAUGCAGUGAUUUCACCUGUAUAUUACCAUAGUCAUUUCUGGAAGGACUGUUUGGUUUGAUCUCUACUCCUAAAGAUCCUUAUUUCUGUGACAAAAUGUAUGAAUAAAAAAAUUCCAACCACACAAAAUCUUUUAGAGAUGAGGAAAUAUAUUAAUAAAUGUUUCUACAUUAAAAACAAA